AUGGCGCAACCAAUCCCGAAAACCAGCAAGCAAUGGAGUGUCGUCCACCAGAAUGGCUUUGACGGCCUACAUUACUCGGAGCAGCCCAUCCCUGAACUGGGCGACAGCCAGGUUCUUGUCAAAAGUAUGUCUGUCUCUUGCUCCACGAAGCCUAUAAAUUAUCGCGACAUUAUUAUCCCUCGGGGUGAGUACCCAUGGUCGGUUAAACAGGAUGUUGUCCCAGGUUCCGAUGGAGCCGGGAUUGUGCUCGCAGUCGGCAAAGAUGUUACUCGCUUUCAGGCCGGUGACAAGGUCGUGACCAUGCUAAACCAGCUUCAUCUAAGCGGACCGGUGACCAGCCAGUCCACAAAGCAAGGCUUGGGCGGCUCGGUCGACGGCACCUUACGGUCAAUCGGCGCUUUUAAUGAGCAAGGACUGGUGGCCAUGCCGGAAAACCUGAGCUAUGUAGAGGCUGCAACGCUUACUUGCGCGGGACUCACGGCCUGGAAUGCUCUUUUUGGUCUGCCUAGCAAGCAGGUUACCGCAGGCCAAUGGGUUCUGACACAGGGCACUGGCGGGGUGAGUAUAUUUGCUCUUCAAUUCGCCAAGGCUGUUGGAGCCAAGGUGAUUGCGACUACCAGUUCGAGAGAGAAGGUCAAGUUUCUCGAAAAUUUGGGCGCUGAUCAUGUACUCAACUAUAAAGAGAACCCAGACUGGGGCUCUCUCGCGAAGACGCUCGCCGGCGGAGAAGGUGUUGAUCUCGUGGUUGAGGUUGCAGGGCCAACCACCAUGGCGCAGAGCGUGGCCAGCGUAAAGCUGGACGGUACUAUCAGCGUCAUUGGUUUUGUCGGUGGUGAAGGCAAAAAUGUGCCCAGUCUAUUAGAUACCUGGCUCAGCCUGUUCACUGCUCGGGGAUUGUGGGUUGGCAGUCGUGCUCAGAUGGAGGAUAUGUGCCGGGCUAUCACGGCGAACCCAGCCAAACUCCGUCCUGUCGUAGACUCGAAAAUCUUUACACUGGACCAGGUUAGAGAAGCAUAUGAGUACCUGGCAUCAGGGAGAAAUCUAGGCAAAGUCUGUAUCAAAAUCGAUUAG